CGGUUGGAGGCGUGUGUUAUGUAAUACAUUCUCACGAUUUGACCCGUUGAACUCAAAAGAUCUUGGCUUGCGUAUUUCCACCACCCUCCUCAUUUGAACCGCUGUUGGAGCUCUCAGCCAUGUCUUUGCCUCAGCCAGUUCCCCCCUCAUGGAAGGACCUUGGAAAGUCCUCCAACGACUUGUUGACGAAGGACUACCCCUUCUUCGGUACUUCCUUGGAAGUCAAGACCAGGACCCCCUCGGGCGUCGCCUUCAAGGUUGCUGGUCUCCGUGACUCCAAGUCACAAGCCAUCAACGGCGAUAUCGAAGCCAAAUACUCGGACCCCAAGAACGGUCUUGUCUUCACCGAGACAUGGACGACCUCCAAUAUCCUCAAGUCGCAGCUCGAGCUUGAGAACUACCUCGCAAAAGGCUUGAAACUUGACUUCUCUACCUCCUUGGUCCCGGACUCGGGCUCGAAAUCUGCUCUCGUCAACCUCAGCUACAAGCAGUCUGGCGUACACACCCGUGGCGCUCUUGACGUGUUCAAAGGACCCACCUUCACCACGGACGCUGUCUUCGGCCGUGACGGUUUCCUUUUCGGUGCUGAGGCUGCCUACAACGUCACCGAGGGCAAGAUCUCCCGCUAUGCCGCAGCCAUUGGCUACAAUGCACCCGAAUACGCCGUAACGGUCCAUGGCCUCAACAACCUCAACACCUUCUCGGCCAGCUACUAUCACCGUGUUAGCCCCGACGUUGAAGCAGGUGCCAAGGCUGUCUACGACUCCAAGUCGACGACCUCAGGCGUUGCCCUUGAGGUUGGCACCAAGGCUUACCUCGACUCGGCUGCGUUUGUGAAGGCCAAGAUUAACAAUGCUGGUGUUCUGGCCCUCGGUUACACGCAAACUCUCCGCCCCGGUGUGAAGGCUUCCUUCGGUCUUGCUCUUGACACACAACGACUCAAUGACAUCGCCCCCAUUGGUCCCGCCCACAAGGUUGGCGCUUCGUUCACCUUCGAGGUCUAAAAUUUUAGUGUCACCAUCACACUACACGAUGUCCUACUAGCAUCUGACGUUGCUUGAGAAUAUGACAUCGAGUAAAUUAGCCUCCUAGAACAAAUAUUGGAACAUUAGAGAAUGAACAUGAGCGGGAAAAAAAAAUGCUGUGUGGUAUCCACAUGAUUGCGGU